AUGAAUACCGUCUCGAAUUCCCUAUCAACAAACGAGUUUGUUGCAUUCAAAAAUCACUACCCAUUCCACGGUCCAAGGGAUGGUACAGUACUACCUAUACACACCUUCAACAACUUGCCAAUCGGACCCCACAAUCAAACACGCACUCAAACAACAAAUAAUGAUACCGACCCUGUCGAUUUUGACAUUGAGUCAGACAAUGUCGAUAUGCCGGAUCUUCGAUACGACUCUGACAGCUCUUCCAUGACGACGCUCCUGAUGUUAGAGUGUGAUGUGGGAAACUAUAAGUGA